CGAUCCCUUUAUAUUACCUUCCAUCCAUAUACACAUCCCACAUCCAAACUCAACUACUGUUACUCAACUCAUCUCCUCAUCUGGCUCUGGCCAUAUUGUUUUGCCAAUACCAUCUGCCUUGUAAUUCCUUUUCUUGGAAAAUCUAAUAAGAAAAGUCACAUUAACAAGCUCGACAAUACGGAGAACUUGAAGCAAAGUGGGCUGACAGGGUUGGAAGAACUUAUAUUAUUUCAUUGGAGAAUGAAUGGCAAAAAGGGCAGUGUUGAGAUCAACAUUCCACCAGCUGCUAAAGCCAAGCAGCCAGAAGUUAUCAAGAAAUCCAGCUUCCAGGGCUUUUCCUGCAAAGCUUGGAUAUGGAAUGUUUGGGAAUUUUGCAAAGAAGAUAGUAACAGAGUAACAUUCUCAUUCAAAGUGGGACUGGCCGUUCUACUGGUUUCUUUGCUUAUACUACUACAAGGACCUUACGAAAUUUUUGGCACCAACAUCAUUUGGUCCAUCCUCACAGUUGCAAUCAUGUUUGAAUACACAGUUGGUGCCACUUUCAACCGAGGAUUCAACCGAGCACUUGGAAGCUUGCUUGCGGGAAUCUUAGCUAUUGCAGUUGCUCAGUUAGCUCUACACGCUGGCCGGGUUGCUGAGCCUAUAAUAAUUGGGAUAAGCAUCUUCUUUAUCGGGGCUAUUACAUCAUUCAUGAAACUAUGGCCAUCAUUUGUUCCUUAUGAAUAUGGUUUCCGGGUCAUACUCUUCACCUAUUGCCUGAUAAUAGUCACUGGAUAUCGAAUGGGGAACCCAAUUAGAACUGCCAUGGAUAGGCUGUACUCUAUUGCCAUUGGAGGUUUUGUAGCAAUCUUCGUGAACGUGCUUGUUUUCCCUAUAUGGGCUGGGGAGCAAUUACACAAAGAGCUAGUCAACAGCUUUAACUCGCUUGCUGACGCUCUUGAAGAAUGUGUGAAGAAAUAUUUAGAAGAUGACGGGUUAGAUCAUCCAGAAUUCUCCAAGACAGUUAUGGAUGAGUUCCCAGACGAACCUGCCUACAGAAAAUGCCGAACCACAUUGAACUCUUCAGCCAAAUUGGAAUCCCUGGCUAAUGCAGCAAAAUGGGAACCCCCACAUGGCAGGUUCCAGCACUUCUUCUACCCAUGGUCAGAGUAUGUUAAAGUUGGAGCAGUUCUACGAUGCUGUGCUUAUGAGGUUAUGGCACUCCAUGGAGUUCUCCACUCUGAGAUUCAGGCCCCUUACAACCUCCGAAUAACAUUCCAGUCAGAGAUCCAAGAUGCAACAAACCAGGCAGCAGAGCUAGUGAGGAGCUUGGGCAAAGACAUUUGCAACAUGAGGCGAAGCCUCAAAAGCUCCCUCCUAAAGAGGGUUCACAGCUCAGCCGAGCGACUCCAACGUGCCAUAGAGGUGCAUUCAUAUCUCCUCACAGUGCAGUGCGACCCUCCUGAUAACUCUUCUAAGCCACUUCCAAAGCUUUCUCAUGCUCUAUCAUCAACCCUCUGUGACCUACCAGAGGAGUUGGAUAACCUUGACUGCACAAGCCCUGAGAAGAGCUCGAAUCAACUAACACAAAACAGGCAGUCAGGGACUCCCCCGCCAGCACAAACUGAGUCCUACCAUGAGAUGAUGAGGAAACAAUCACGAAGGCUGCAUUCUUGGCCAUCCAGGGAGGUGUAUGCUUUCGAAGAAGAAGGAGGUUUUGGCACGGACCUUUUACCUAGGAUGAGAGCACUCGAAAGCACUGCAGUGUUAUCACUUGCCACCUUUACUUCCUUGCUCAUUGAAUUUGUAGUUAGGCUUGAUCACCUGGUGGAAGCAGUUGAUGAACUCUCAAAGAUGGCUAAGUUCAAGCACUAGGGUCUAUAGAAGGGAGAAGGGAGAGGGGGGUGUGAGUCCACACAUUAACACAUGUAUGCGUAACUUGACGCUGUAACACCACCAUAUAAAACUAUACCGUUAGAAAAAGGGGACCAGGGAGGGAGAGUAAAGAGGGAUUUCAAAAGUUGUUGUAAUAACCCAAAAAUAAAGAUAAUUUUUCCUUUCCUUCAGAACUUCUUCUUGUUAAGCUGAAACAUAAAAAACCAAAAAAAAAAACAUGGAAUCCACAGAAAGGAAUUUCACAUAGCUUUCACUAUCAAGAAUCCAGAGAGAGAUGCUUUGGGCAAAGUCGUCGAUUUAGAAACCAUGGGCAACAAGCAGUUUUCAACUACUCGUUGCUGGGUUUUAGGAACAGUGGUGGCCUUUCGUUUAGAAAACGACAUUGCAAGAAAGAUGCGAAAGGACAAUCACAUGCCCUUGCUUAGUUUUGCAGGAGAACCAAACAACGAACUAAUAGACCUUUGAACCAAGCAUGGGUGGACGGAUGAAAAACAGGAAAGUCGAGAACCAGAGAACGAAGUACGGCCAGUGGAGCAAAUAAACAUUUUGAAAUAGAUUCAUCAACAGCUUUGGAAACCCAAAUCAUGUUUGGCAAUAAAGGCUUUAUUUAAAUGACUAAUUCAAAGUUUCCGAAUAGAAGGGCAAGGGGGGGAGGAGAUGCGUGGCAGACCUGCAGUGCAAUUGGAAUCGGGUCAUCGGUUUCCCAGUGUAAAGGCUCCCAU